AUGAGGCCUAAUCACCCUUAUACUAUAACAUUUCCCAUUUGGCAAUGUGAUCAAUGGACUGCAUUAAGAGGACGGCUGAAGCUAUCAGAUGAAUAAGUUAUCAUAGCAAGAUGGAAUAAUACUGUGUAUUUAGAUGAAGAAUUGGCCUUUUUUGAUUCUCAACAUCGUAUUAAGCCAUAAAGGGAAAGCAAAAUGCUCAAGCCUCAAAUUAGUUUGCUUCCUUCGAUAUUAUAGAUAGUUAGGACGAAUACGUACACAGAUGUUUUAAUUGAGAAUGUGACUUAAUGGUUUUUAACAAGUGGGGAUCUCUCAAAAUUAUUAUUAAUAUAUUUUGGAUAUGAUCUUUAUACUGGAUGUUCUCCACGUGAUUGCACUCUAGAGAAUAUAAUUAAGAAUGAUGACUCAAUUGUUAUUCUAGAUUUUGGUUUGAGGAAACGUACAGAAAAAUAUUGUGUCUAUUGGAAUCCUCUAAUUCUAAAAGGCAAGCCUUAUCGAUCCUCUUACUAAUGGUCCUUAGGAAUCAUGUAUUUAGUUAUGACCUAAGGGACUUACAUUUUGAAUGAAGUUUAAAAGCAUAUAAAUGAAUGGUUGAAAGGAGGUAGAUUGGACAUCGGUUCAAUGAUAACACAUAAAAAGUAAUCAGUCCAAAAUUUAAUAUCUUCUCUUUUAGAUCCAGAGAAUCCAAUACCUUGGAAUUAAAUCCCAAAUCAUCCAGCAUUUAGAGAGGACAAUGUUUGUAAAUAAAUUCUCAAGGAUUUUUAAAUGAAAUCCAACAGAACAGAAUUAAAAGGCCGAUCUACAUCAAGAAUGAGUAGUAGAGACGAAAAUAUCAAUUAAAUUAGUAUCAUGCCUUGUCCUUAUGGAUUAAAGAAUCCAAAAACUUGCGAUUAAAAUAUACUUAAUCAGUCACUUAUUACGAAGGUUAGCAAUAUGUAUAAAGCACAUCAAGACAAAGUUCGCAAUGCUCUUGGGAAUUCUUAUUCAUCUUUGUAUAAUAGACAUGCAUCAACAUCCUAAUAGAGUAGAUAAAUGCAGUAAACAAAUACGAUUACAAACAGAUUUAACAACUUUUUAAAUUCUACUAAAAUAUUACCUAAAUCCUAAAUUAAAACGCAGAAUCUCGGAUUCAGAACUUUUAGAAAUCAAACUUCAAAUAGUACUUUAAAUGCAGGACCUGAUUCUCAUCGUAAAUCUGGAGAGGUUAUAUUAGAUAAUAGCAAUUAAGUUCCUUAAAAAUAAGAUUGCUUUUAUGAAAAAAUAAGAUCAAGGGUUACAUCAAUAAAAGGAGAUACUAUUAAAUUAUAAUAAAAACCAAGAAAUAGUUCUACGCACUCAAUCUUCUAAGAGUAACAGAAUAAAUAGUAAAGUCAUUAAAAAAAGGUAUCAAAUAAUUAAGAGGAAGUGCAUGAAAUUUAUUAAUAAUAUGAAAUAUUGAAUGAUUAAUAAUAAAAACAAGUAUUACAAUAGCAAUAAACACAAUAAUAAUCAUAAAAACAACAAGAACAAUAAUAACAACAAUAACAAUAGUAACAACAAUAACAACAACAUCAAUAACAAUAAUAAGAAUAAUUAUAACAACAACAAUAGCAAUAACAAUACCAAUAAGAAUACCAACAACAGUAGCAACAACAAUAACAAUAAUAACAAUAAUAACAAUAAUAAUAAAUUAUUAAAUAUGGUGAUUUAGACUAAUAACAAUAAAAAUAAUAAUUAUUAUCUAUUUAAUAAAAAAAGUCUUUAUAAUAAUAACAAAAAUAAUAAUAAUCUUAAACUCAAAAUGCUGCAAGUAAUGCAGAUAAUUACAUUUAAUUAAUUAAAAAAAAUAAUUCAUAAUAAUAACUCUUUUCACAAAAAUACAAUAGAUCUUUAGAUGCUAUAAAUGUAAUUGGCUAGACGGUUGCAAAAUGCUUAACUUUUUUUAAUGGAUUACAAAAUUUUUGGAUCAUUCCUCUAUUUUUGGUUUUUAAGCGAAUGCUAUAAUUAAGGAAAUAAAUUGAAAAUUUAUUAUAGUAAAAAAUAAAUUCAUUUAAUAUUGAUGGCUGGGAAGAGUUAAUAUCAACUCCAGAAUAUGAAAUUUAUUUAAAUAAAGUGAAAUAGGAUAAUUAACUUGUUUAAAGUGAAUUAAGUUUAUUAUUAAAUUCUGCAAAAGCUAAAGCAGAAAAAUUAGAUAAAAAUAGGAAAGAGAAGGUAGAAUGGUUUUUAAAUGAUGAUCUAAAUGAUAAAAUAAAGGAUGUAUGCAAUACCUAUUUUCAUGGAUAAAUUUAUAAGAACAUUAAAGACAGAAAGGGAAUUGUCAAACCAAAUAUAGAAUGGCUAAAAUUGGAAAUCUAGGCUUAAGCUUCUCUAAUCAUAAGCGAAUUACCUAUUUUGACUUGUGAUAAAGAAAGCUUCUCUUAUGAACAGUAUUUAUCAGCUCUUGAAUUAACAGAUGAAGAAUCAAUUUACUAAUACUUAAAAAAAAAUGAGCAUUAUCUCGAACGCAGAUGA